GGCGCUGACAGGCAAGCAAGGAUGGAGCUUCUGGCGGAGUUGGAGCUGAUGAAAACAGUCGGGUCUCAUCCCAACGUGGUCAAGCUGCUGGGAUAUUGCGCAGAGAAAGAUCCCGUGUACGUGAUCGUUGAACUCCUUGCUAAGGGUGACCUGAAGAAUGUUCUGAUGGAGUAUCGAGACAAGGAUCCAGGGACAGGUUACUCCAACCUACCCGGCCUGAGCAAAUCACUGUCUCGGACAUUGGUCAAGUUUGCCAGGGAUGUGGCAAAUGGAAUGGCCUUCAUAUCCUCUCAAAAGUGUGUGCAUCGUGACCUUGCAGCUCGUAACGUGUUGGUGGGAGAUGACAUGGUGUGUAAAGUGUCUGACUUUGGACUGGCCCGUGACGUCAUGAACAUCCGCAUCUACCAACGAGAAUCACAGGGUCCGCUUCCCAUGCGCUGGAUGGCGUUGGAAUCCAUUCUUGAUGACGUUUACACAACAGAGAGUGACGUAUGGUCUUUCGGGAUUUUGCUGUGGGAGAUAGUGACACUUGGUGCACGACCGUAUCCGCUGAUGAAAACAAAGACAAUGAUGAGCCAAUUGCAGCAGGGCUAUCGUAUGCCGAAGCCUCAACACUGCAAGAAACAGCUGUAUGACAUGAUGUGCAGCUGUUGGCAGGAGAGUCCCAAGGAUCGACCCAGCUUUCAGAGUCUGUAUCGGCAAUUGGACGACAUGCUGUCCGAAGAUAAGGAUUAUAUCACCAUCCACAAGCUGGAUGAAAGCAUCUACGAAGUGACAAUGGUCGAGGACACGAACGAGAAACUGUGAGAGUUGGCACCAAGAUCUCCCGGCAAAAAAAUCAUGAAAUUGUUUGAUCAAUCCUAUACAAGAAAAUACGAAAUUGUAUAGGAGAGACGGCAUUACUUGUACGUCAAAUUUGUCAAAAACGCUAUAUCGUAGGUAUUAGAAAGUGUAAUCUCGAAAUAUCUUGUCCUAUAUUAUCACGGUUUAUAUCCAUGAUGUGAAUUUGAUACU